AUGGAAGUCGACGGCCGUAUUAAAGCAUACAAGUUUGUAGCCUAUUCGGCGAUAAGUUUUUCGGCUGUUGCCGUACUCUCCAUCUGUGUUACCCUACCGAUGGUCUAUGACUAUGUGCAUGAAGUCCGGCGACAGAUGCACACCGAAAUCAGCUUAUGCAAGGGAUCCGCUAAAGACAUCUUUGCUGAAGUUGGUUACUUAAAAUCACUGCCAGUAAGGAACAACAGGACCGCUAGGCAAGCCGGAUAUAAUUACGGCCAGUGUGACGACUGCUGUCUACCCGGACCACCGGGACCAAAAGGCCCACAGGGCAAACCCGGCAAACCAGGAAAACCAGGCGCACCUGGUCUUCCAGGUGUUCCUGGCCGUCCACCAGCACGACCAUGUGAAGUGAUCACUCCACCACCAUGCAAACCAUGCCCACAAGGACCACCUGGCCCACCAGGACCUGUUGGCCCAGCAGGAGACCCAGGACAAGACGGAAUGGCAGGCAAUCCUGGACCAGACGGACCUCAGGGAGAACAGGGACCAAGAGGACCACAAGGCCCAAUGGGCGAACAGGGCGACCCAGGACCAAUGGGACCUCCAGGCCCACCAGGUCUUCCUGGUGCCGAUGGUCUUCCAGGUCCAAUGGGUCCGAAAGGACCAAGUGGACCAGACGGACUUCCAGGUCCGGACGGACAGCCGGGACCACAAGGCCCACCUGGACCCCCAGGCAAAGCUGGAGAGAGAGGUAUCUGCCCGAAAUACUGCGCAAUCGAUGGUGGCAUCCUCUACGAGGACGGUACUCGCCGCUAA